AUGGAUGCCCAGGACCCGUUAGACGGAAUUUCGGGGUUUCUGGAGAGCGUCGAUAUCGGAAUCAAAGCAACGCUCUUCUUUUUCAUCUCAAUUGCCUGUUACAAUGUGGUAGAGCUGGUUGUCCUUGUGCUAUCGGCUUUCCGCCGCUGGAAGGGCCUCUACUUCUGGAGCUUGCUUCUGUCGGGCUGCUUGGGGGUGAUACCAUACUCUCUAGGGUUCAUGUUGAAAUUCUUUACCAGUGCACCUUCCAUUCUAACAGUUACCAUUCUCAGUAUCGGCUGGUGGACGAUGGUGACAGGCCAGUCAUUCGUCCUUUACUCCCGCCUACACCUCGUGAUCCGCGAUGAGUGCAUCCUCCGGCGUGUACUAUACAUGAUCAUCGCCAAUAUAUUCUUCCUUCACGUGCCCACGACCGCCCUCACAUACGGCUCCAACGUUGUCAAACCUUCUCCCAUUUUUGUCCAAGGCUACAACAUCAUGGAGAAGCUCCAGCUGACUGGCUUCACGAUCCAAGAGAUGAUUAUCUCCGGGCUAUACGUAUGGGAGACCGUCAAGAUGCUCCGUCUCGGAUCGGAGCGAGAAAAACAAAGGAUUAUGCACCAUCUGGUGGGCAUCAACGUCCUGAUGUUCGCCAUGGACCUCACUUUGCUAGGUCUGGAGUACGCCAGCUACUACGCCAUCCAGAUUACGCUCAAGGGCGCCUUCUACAGCCUCAAACUCAAGCUCGAGUUUGCGGUCCUCGGAAAGCUUGUCGACGUAGUCCACAGUCACCAACAGCCGUCGUCUCUCGAUAAUGCGGUCCAAUUACGCCCGCUUGACGGUGCCAACAGCUCAACACCGGCGGUCGGCUCGUCAAGUAUGUCACGGAACUUCAACUUUUGCACUGUGGCUGAUACCGUGAUGAGAGCGACGCCGUCCGGACAAGGGAGUCGAAACCUGAAUGUUGCGUCUGGAGGAAAGAUUAUGACCAUGACAAAAGUUUCAACAUGGGUGGAACGACGACCGGAGAGCAUUGCUGUCUAG